UCAAUACAUUGACCGAAUGAUUUGUUUUUGUGGAAAUGGCGUAGCAGAUUGUGGAUUAUUUCUAAAUUAGUACAUUUUGUAUAAAUGUUUACUUUUAAGACGCAAAUCUUAUCGGAUUUAAGCAUUUAGUGUGUGUGUGUUGUUUUAAGUAUAGUGUAACGUAUCGUCAACAUCUUACGAUACCUUUUUUGACUUCAACUGAUCAGACCAUUUUGCUCUUUGUUAUUUUGAGCAUAUGCUGGGGGAUAACUUUCAUUUUUUCUGAUUCUCCGUUAUUUUUUGCUGCCUAACAUGAGUUUAGUUAAGGGUUUCGAUAUGAUGGAACUGAGAAGCAAGGGAGCAAGAAGUCAUUCUGCUCAAGGUCUAACGACAUUUUCCAGUCCUGCGAUAAAAAUACCAUUGCCUCCUCGUCUUUGGAUUACAGAUGUUUCCGAUGAUGAGUCUUCUGAUGAGAUGGAGAUGGGUGGUGUUGUGCGAGAUGACAGUAUUGUUAGCACCGAGAGGACCAGGGCCACUCGACCCCGGUUCAGACACAAGCAGAGGUCUACCAAUGUACCCAUAGGAAUAUUUUGGGACAUUGAAAACUGCCAGGUGCCAAGGGGUUGCUCAGCUAUAGAUGUAGUAUCAGCCAUCCGUUCCAAGUUCCUGCAGGGUAGACGGGAGGCUGAUUUUGUAGUGGUCUGCGAUGUGAGGAAAGAAUCUCCUCUACGUCUUCAGGAACUUAAUGACGCCCAGGUUAACCUGAUUCAUGUGUGUGGAACUCAGAAGAAUGCCGCUGACGAGAAGCUGAGGCAAUGCAUGAGGAGGUUUGGGGAGCUCCACUCCGCUCCAGCAGCCUUGCUUCUUAUUUCUGGUGACAUCAACUUUGCUGCUGACCUCAGUGACUUUAGAUAUAGGAAGAACAUGGAUGUGAUACUAGUGCAUAAGCAGAACACUUCAUCAGCUCUGAUCACCGUAGCCUCAUCUCAUUACUGCUACAAUGAGCUGACUGCCCACCUGCCAAGGAACUCCAAGGUUCCGUUCACCCAUCAAGAGUACGACGACGAAGCCACCAGCAAGAUAGAAGUGGUAAACCUGCCGCUGGACCAGGCGCCCGAGCGCGUGUCGCGGCGGCUGCGGCGCCUCGCUGACAACUGUGGGGGCAAGGUGCUGAAGGUCACGGCUGACACCGCCACCAUGAAGUUUGCGACGCCCGACCAGGCUUCCAGGGCUCUAAAACGCAUGGACGGCGAAGACGUCUUCGGCUGUAAGAUCGGCACUCGCCUGAUCCGGUCCGGCGCGCCGCUGGCCUACUCCAGUGACGAGGGCUACGGCACCGCCACCGCCGCGCUGCCGCCGCGCCCGCAGCCCACGCCCGACCAGUGUCGCGCCUCAUCCGUGGAGCCGGUGGCGCCCCUCAACGAGUGGGCUCUAGCCCUGCAGCAGCUGCCGCCGCCGCCGCGCUACACCGCGCCGCCGCCCAGCAAGCCCAGGAAGAUACGCGGCACGCACGGUUCGUCAGUGAACCUGGACCAGUCGGGCUGCUCGUCGGGCAACAGCGUGGACGACUCGCGCUUCAGCCGCGCCAUCUCGCCCUGGAACUCUUCCAACAGCUUCAGCGAGCAGAGCAGCGAGGGCGAACCCGGUGACGGCACCGCUGAACUCACCGUCUCUAACUUACCACCAUACGAACCGAAGACCCUUCAAGAAAUGCUUACGCAACUCUUCUCCCAAUACGUGCAAGUGGUUAGAGUCUCAGUGUGGGUGGCAGGGGAAGGGCCGAUAGCGACGGUGGUGUUUAGAUCGGAGUGGGAUGCGCGGCUGGCCAUAGCGCGCGUGCACAAGCGUCGGCUGGACAACCAAUGGACGGGACGCAGGCUCGAACUGUCCCUUGGCAGGCCGUCCCCGGCGCCCAAUCUAGACGUGCUCCGCGCCAGGCUUAGGGCCAUUCUCCUAGACCAAAAGAAUUACACUCUACCGCUGUUGAGAUUGAGAGAUGCAUACGCCAGCCGUCACUGCUGCGCGCUGACCACGUCGGACAUAGCUAAAGUGAAGGACACGGUGUUGAUACACGAGGGCUUCGGUCGUAUGGUGCAACUAGUAGACCUCACUCCGGUGUCCAGUGCGGAGAUGGAGGAGGCCCCGUGGAAGUGCCACAUCCACGCCGUGUUGAGCACGGGACACGAGGAUGGCAGUCGGAUCCUGUCCCCGGUGUACAUGGAGGUGUCGGUGCUGGCCACACAUGUUAGAAGGCUGCUGGAGAACCACGGAGGGAUAUUGCCGCUGUUGAGCUUCGUAGAAUGCUAUGAAGCCACCUUCGCUCCUCUAACCUGCGAGCCGACGCGCGGGGUCGCCCUAGAGCUGUUGCUGCGCAGCGUGCCGGGCGUGGCGGUGCGCGACGCGCCCUCGCGCCACGUCGCGUGGGCCGCCGAGCGCACGGACACGCCCUCGCCGCUCAGCGUGUUUAGCGACAGCGAGCGCAGUUCCCGCGAGCGCGAGCGGCCGCGCACCGCGCCCGCGCUGGAGCCCAUGCUGACGCUGUUCGAGAGAGAGCUCAUAGACCUACUGCGCACCGCGCCCCGCUGCUCCAUACCGUUCAGCAAACUCAUCCCCGCCUUCCACCACCACUUCGGUCGUCAGUGCCGCGUCGCCGACUACGGCUUCACGAAGCUGCCCGACCUGCUCGCCGCUCUCAGCAACACCAUCGUUGUCCUAGGCUCAGGCUCUUCCCGCGUAAUCACGAUAUCUUCCGCGGCUCAGAGCCGGCGCUGGACGACCGACCUCGUGAAGCUUCUAAGAGCUCAGCCCGGCCGCGCCAUCUUCCCGCACGACAUCCCGCAACUCUACCAACUCGCGUACGGCAGAGCCUUCUCGCCGGUGGACUACGGAGUGUGCACUCUACACGAGCUAAUGUUGAGAGUGGCCCCGCAAGCCGUAGUCUUCGGCCAGGACGGAUCCAUCUCACUGCCAAGAAGAACCCCUACUCCAGAGGAGAAAGCCCGCACCGUACAAUUCGCCGUCCAAGCCAUCGAACUUCUCUGCUACACGCCUAACCUAAGGAUGGAGUUCUCCCGCUUCGUGCCCGCCUACCACGCGCACUUCGGCCGUCAACUCCGAGUGGCUCACUACGGAUGUGUUAAACUAGUGGAGCUGUUCGAGUUGAUACCGGACGCGGUGUCGGUGAAGGCGGCGGCGGCUGGCGAGCGCGAGGUGCGGCUGGCGGUACGUCCGGCCCGCGCGGUGGUCGGGCAGCGACUGCGGGCCCUCUGCCCCCUCCCGCUGCCCUCAUUGGCCAGCGCGUACGCCAAUCAGUUCGGCUCUUCGCCCGCACCGGAUAUACUAGAGGCGAACUCUCUAGAAGCGCUAGUGUUGUUGGCUGGAGGCGCGAUUGAAGAAGGGCUAGUGAGGGCGCCGGGUGACGCUCCCAGAUCGGUAUCGGCUGCUCUAGCCGCCGCCGCCGCUUUGUCUUCCGAUCGCAGCGUGCGCGGUUCCACCGAGGAGUAUUUCACGGCUUCCUUCAGAGAGAUUACGGGGCAAGAGCCUAACAUAGAGCAUUUAGAGACAGCCGGGGUGGUGAUGCGUGUGAAUCGCCGUGUGGAGUUGAACUCUGCGUGGCGUACCGUGUGGCGAGUGGCGCAGAUACUGGCGGCGCAGGGGCAGCCCAUGACCCCCGCGGAGAUAUACGUCGAGUACACGAAGCGAUACGAGCUCGUGUUCCCGUGCACGGAGCUUGGUUUCGAGAACGUCCUCGAGCUGGUCCGCCACUACCGCGAGGUGUUCUCCGAGGACGGCGCGGCGCGGUUCAGCGUGUGCGCCGGCGUGGCCGUGCCGCGCGGGCAGCGGGCGCCUCUACAAGACUACUCACUACACGACACGCCGCCCGGACAGAAGGGUUCCCGUGUGUUUGAAUCUCCAAAGAGCAAUAUCUGGUGUUCGCCGCCGGCCAGCGCCCUGCCCACCCCGUCGGCUCUACUCGGCCAGGACGCUAAACGUCGCACCCGUCUUGCCGCACAAUUCAACGCUGCCUAGACACAACCCACCGAUACAAGAAGCAUUCCUUCCAGUUGUAACGUAUACUUACUACGCACCGGUCCAGUCUCUCACAGCCAGACUUACUCAGGGUCGCAUCGAAUUUUAUCAACUAGACUACUAAUGAAAGUGUCCUAUCAAAUUGUGAUGUCUAAUAACAAUAAUGUUUUAGAUUGUUGUAUAAUAUAUUUUUGUGUGUUUAUUUAGGUUAAGAAUCUUUGGUCGCAUUCGAUAAAUGUUAAGCGUUGUAAGGUUAUAUGAGUUUCGCUGCCAGCGGGAAAAUGAAAUGAAACAUCGUCAUCAAUGUGUUCAAUCAGCGCGAUGUAUAAGCUCAUGUAUUUUUUAUGAAAUGGAAAAUGUUAAUAUGCUUAGUCUCAUGUAUAUUUUCUUUUCCUUUUGUGCUUUUCAUUGGUUUGACAUCAUUUAAAAUAUGUUUUAUUUUAUUUUUAUUUAAUCCGAAUCGUUGUUUAUCCUUCAAUGAUAUUUAUUGUUUCUUUUUCUAAGUUGUCUGAAACUGGCUGUCUAAAUUUUAUAUCCAACGUUCGUAUAAGAUUUAAUCAGUCUUAUGUUUUACUUAUUUUUAUCUUUUGACAAUCGUUUUUCGUGUAAGUUUAUUAUUAUAUAGGCUAUUGAAUAUUUAUGAUUUUAGGGACUGAUAAUAUAUGAAACUUAACUACUAGUUUACUUAUGGAUUCUCGAGUGGAUUUUGUUUCACAUGGAAGCACAAUUAAAUGCUCUGGUCAUUUCAUGAUCAGGACAGUUAUUAAUCAAUUCUCAUUAUAUUAUUAUGUAUUAAUAUUAAAUCACGCACAAUAUCUGAAGGUGAAUCGUUCUAACUUUCUAAACUUAACUGUAAGUUACUACUUUAAGACAACGCUGAAAUUCGUUUCUUUUUAAUUUAUUACUUUAAGUUAAUAAAAUUUAACUUGCUUCUGUUCAUGAAAUGAUAUUCCUAGUAUUCAAUCGAAAUGAUUGAAAUGAUGCAGUAUUGAACUCAGUUUAAAGUAAACUAGUGUACAAUUCCUUCAUUUCAAGAAUGAUAAAUGUACUUGUGUAGGUGUUAAUUUAUUAUUUGUUUGUUGGUAUAUAAUGUAUCAAAAUAUAAGCGAGAACUUGUUUUUUUGUUAGAUGUUUAAUCGCUGGUGUUUGAAAUCAUUCUUGGAAUCAGCUACAACUCGUGUCGACAGGCAGGUUAUUAUUAUUAUUUGAGGCUCAAAGAAGUUGUAUUUUGAAUUGAAACUAUUAGUUUAGGAAUAAAUUGUAUUUUAAUGGAUAGUGCGCAUUAACAUUUCUCGAAUGCUCGCCUCAUUUAAUUAGUACAAUUAUCAUAUUACUGAUUUUUGUUGUAAGUUUUACCCCUUGAUGUGAUCUCAAUUGAUUCCUCAUAGCGACUGCUGGAUGUUUUAGAGUGGCUUUUCGAUGUUAGUUGUUCUCGAAUAGUAUUAUGCUAACGUUACAAAAUGUACUUCCAAAACUAAGUGAAUUUUUGGAAAACUUUACAAUCUUACGGAUUUAAAGUAUAUGCAAGAUUGAUAAAUGCCAAACUAUUUUGUAUGAGUUUGUGUAAAGCGCGACGACUCAUCGACAGUCUCCAUGUUACAAACAGAAUAAGCAGAGUCAAUUAGAGAUGUUCAAAUUUUUUAAACAAAUUUUGUACAUAGAACAUGUAAUUAAAUUAUCAAUACGUUAAAUAUGCUUCUCUGCCUUUAGUGCAAUAACGAUUUUAUUUUUCGACUUAUUUGCUUACGGUCCACGCCGUUCCACAUGAGUAGGUCACCAGUAUGAUUGAAUUAUAUUGAAAUGUAUUAUUCAAUAAGAUAGUUCAACAUUGCUUUAUCUAUUUUUAUUACAUGUUAAGGACAAUACGUAUUGUUGUUUUGAAUCGCAGCAACUUGUUGUAUUUGUCUGAACGGCUGCAUGUGUGAUUGAAAUGUCUGUUGUGGUGUACUUUAAUCAUAAUUAAUUUAUAUUAUUGUAGCCAACAAAGCACCACGAAAUGCCAGUAUUGUGGUUACCCCACCAAAAGCUUUAAAUAUAAAAGACUACAUAAAUCGUACAUAAACCCAAUACCUAUUUUAUAGGGAAUCUAAUAAUCUAGAAUCUUAUUUCUAUAAAUGUUUUCAUAUUUUUAUUAUUAUUAGAUUUUAUAUUUUAUGAACGUAAGAAACCUUUAGAGGAUUAUAAACAAAGAAUUUAAAAUUGUACCUUAAUCUACUUUAUUAUCAUUAGUUCUGUGAUACUAACGUACCAAUGUGAAGAGAUGAUACUCGCUGCAGAUAAAUUAACAAAAUUAUAGCUAACCAAUGAAAGUUUAAUAUUUGUUGAGAUAUUGCAAUAGAGUAUCAGAAUAUGAUCGACAUCUAUGUAUAUAUUGUACAUAAUUAAAUAUUACAUAAAGAUUGGUACAACAUGUGUUUUCUACACGCCUGAUUACCUAACUCAUGUAAGUUUUGUAAAGUGUAUGGUCAUUGAUGUGGAACAGCGUGGACUUAAUGUAACGAUUCACAACAAACUUUGUUAGAUAUUGUUUCUUAUAUAUAUAUAUAUGUUACAUAUGUAAGCGGGCCCUUGCAUAUAUUAUGUAAAGUGUAGCUUUCUAGUGUACAAAUCUACUUUAUCGAACUCACUGCCAGUCCGCAUUUUGAACAAAAUAAUAUAGUUCAAAAUUGAUUGUCAAUUUCUAAUUAUUUAAAGUACUUACUUAUAUUUUAGACUGUAGCCAGAACUUUAAGUACACACUUACAUGUGUCGUUUUUCUGUGCGCCAUCCAUUAGCAGUUUAACCACGAAAACUUAAAUCUUAUUCUACUAAAAUUAAUAAUGAUUAUAUUUGAUGUCUUUAGAAUAGUUUCACCAGAGUUACGAAACUAAAUCUAUUGCCUAUUUAAAUUAUAUGUACAUGUUUAUAUGCAAAAAUAUGUGCACGUUUAUUGAGUUGAACUGCUAGUAAAUGGAGGCUUUAUCUUACUUGACCAAUAUUGAAGUUUUAAAUUAUAACUCUAAGCUAGUAUAAGCAUUUUGAGUAGCGUAAGUCGAAGGAGAAUGUAAGAUGUGGUUUAUUUUUUGUCAACAUCUUCAUAAUUCUGUGAUCAUAUUUUUUUUCUUGUUGUAGUAGUUGCAGUAGUGGAAAUCAAUAUUUUAAAGUAUGUCAGUUUCUGUAUUGCAUGAAAAACGAAUGUAGUGUUGAAUAAUAAAUGGUAUUUUUGAAGGAAAA